UAGUAUUUGAUUUGUUUGCCUAGAUUCUUAGCGAUUGUUCCAAAUAAAUCGAAGAACAGAACAUAGUCUGAGAUUCGAUUCAAUCAAAGGUAAUCUCUCGUUCUCGCCCAACCAAACCAAACAUCCUUACUUCCUCCGACCCGUUUUGCUGUUUGCGCCUAUACUCCCCACUCGUUUCUCUCUUAUCUAUGCGUUGGUUGCGGCGUGUUUUCCAAAGCCUUUUUCUUAUUAUCAUUUCUUCCAAAUCGUGAUUCUCAACUUAACCCACUACUAGAGUUUCAACUACAAAAAUGUUCUCUGUCAGGGAUUUCUGGAGACGUCAUAGGAGGAAGAUUUUCCUCUCCGUCGGUAUUGUAGGAGGUGGUUAUUGUUUGUAUAAGCUUUAUGGUGCUCAUAGGCAAAGACUUGAUGCACUUGAGAUGGAACUCGAUGUUCAGAGACAAAGUGACGAACUUAUCAAGUCCCAGAUGCAAGCUCACUUUGAGAAUAUUCAGAGAAUUUCUGAUACAAUUACAUUACCUCAUUCUAUGCACAACUUAAGCUGCCGAAUAGCACAAGACUUGGAUCUUUCUCACCUUCUUGAGAGGCUAAUUCAAGGAAAGGGUCAGCCCAACACUUUAACUCAAUCAGAGAAACUAGAUUUAUGGGGUAGACUCAAAAUUCUAAGUUUCACAAGAAUGGCAUUGUCAGUUUGGGCAACCGUAAUGCUUAGCUUAUACACAAAAGUACAAGUCAACAUACUAGGAAGGCAUCUAUACAUUGAUACUGCACGAAGCCUUGAAAGCUCUAACCUUUUAAUGGAAAGUGAAGAUGUGGUUGAUGGGGAAGACAAGCAGAAAUUUCUGGGAAGUGUUGAUUUUCUCUCUCAGCAUGGUAUGCCUGCCUUGAUUUCUGACAUGGAGGAGGCAACAAAAGAAGUUCUCAAAGGAAAGCAGUUGACCAGUCUCUUCAACAAUACGACGUUUGAUGAAACCAUUACAGAUAUACUGAACACUUUCAUGAGCAGAGGAAGCCCACAUUUUUGGGUAAAAUAUAUAAUACCUGAGGAUGCUAAAUUACAUUCCACAGCCUCUGGCAGUAAUGACACAGUUCCAUUGGAUAUGACUGAAUUCGAUCAACUCGUGAUGGAAGCACGGGGAGUAUUAUCAAGUGCUGAGUUUGGGAGCGUUGUAGAGAUAUCUCUAAAAGCCGUGGUGGAUACACUUCGCGAGCUCAUGGGGACUACAAGUGUGCCACUGGCGAGAGCACUGCCCCAAGUUGCACAGAUGUGUCCUUUGCUCCUAGAAGAACCAAGUAAAAAUCAGUUCAUCCAAAUCCUUAAAAAUAUACCAGAGGUUGAACUUUUUCUCACUUUCCUCUACGCAAAUAUGCCAAGUGCAUAGUGAUGAUUAGUAUUUUUAUGUUUCAAAUUUCAAAUGAAAGAAACCAAAAAGUUCGAAUUCAUUGCACAAAAGGCGCAAGACAUUGUACACAAUUUAGUUGAGGUUCGAAAGAGAUAGUUAUAGGUCAAUUGUUAGCCUUCAUCUUUUAUAGCAUGACAUUUCCCUUUUGGUGUAAUCACUAUUCAGUAGUUAGUAUUUCAUAGUGCUCGUGUCAUUAGUUCUAACUUGGCAUUUGGAGGAGCCGGGUCAGUUAGGACUUUAGUUUGCUUUAUCCACACUGCACACCUUAGCAAGGGAAAAUGACUCUUAUCAUCGCUUCAAUUUUAUCGGAUGUUCCCGAAGGGACAAAGAAAAAAAAACAUUUUUAUCUCCCAAA